AAAAGCAACACGGGAGAGAGAGCGAGCGAGCGAGGCAGCAGGCGGUGCAAAAGUUUAUUCCGAUUAUUCAGAUUUUUGUCAAAGCUAGCGGCGGCGUCUUCGCGUGUUUGUUCGUCGAUUCUGUGGCUCUGGCGAAUAUUUUGAUUUGGUUUUUUAUAGACCUACCGCUGCCGCCCUGUUCCCCCGCGUGUGUGACAGCCACAGAAACACAGAAACCCAGAAGAAGAAACAGAAAUAACAAUAACUGAAAAGAAAAGGAAAAGAGAGCAGAGCAGAGCAGAGCAGAGCAGAGUGGCCGCCAAAUGUGCUUGGAAUUUGCUUAAUUUUCGGGUCUUUCGUUCUGUUCUCGGAAUUGUAUAACAGAAGGGAAGAGAGAGGAGAGGAGAGGAGAGAGGGAGGAGGACGGCUUCUAGUCCUCCCCUCCACCCCACAAAUGGCAAACGCAGCCCCGCGCCCUCUGCAUCACAGUCGUCGUCUGCGUCGUCGUGGGGUCCGGGGAUGCAGCAGCAGCAACGCCACUGCCAGCCCCAGAUCUGCAGCAGCUGACGCCUGAAACCGCAUCUGAAUCUGAGUCCCAUCCGCGGAGAACCGUGCCCCGAGCCGCAUAAUGCCAAGUGCCUAUUACGCGGCACUCGACCAGCCACUGACAUCGUCCGACGACGAGGAGGAGGACAUCGAGUGGCAUCAACAGCAGCACCGCCAGCGACAGCAGCGGCGCCCCAAGGGGGCCGCACCCAGUAUACCGUUUCUGGCAACCCAUUCCCUGCCACCCCCCAUGGCCCACCUUCGCGGUUCCAGUGGCGUCGUCGGGAGCAGGCGCCGCUGCCUGCGGACAGCAGGCCUCUUUGGGGGGGCCCUUAUCUUCCUCAUCGCCUUCUGCUACUUCACCCUCGGCACGGACACGCGACUCGCCCUGGGACUGGGCGGCGGCGGCGGAGGCGCCACCGAUGACUCCGAUGAGGGAAUCCACCUGGAUGGCAUCCUCUCGCGGGCCCUCAACGAGUCGCUGCAUCUCUGCAGCGAGGGCCACCUGGAUCAGCGGCUGUACGUGCAGGACAAGCCGGUGGCCCAGUACGGACACCUGCCCAUCAUUUACUUCGUGACGCCCACGUAUCCGCGGCGGGAGCAGAUCCCGGAGCUGACGCGCCUCGCCCACACCCUGCUGCACGUGCCGCGCCUGCAUUGGCUGGUGGCCAACGAUCAGGAGGGAUGCAACACGUUCAUGGAUGGGAUGCUCAAGAGAUUCGGCAUCCCCUACACUCAUCUGGCGAGUCCGAUGCCCAGCAAUUUUCGCAAGGUGAAGCCUGCCCCGCGGGGCGUGGCCAAUCGAAGGGCCGCCCUGCAGUGGCUGCGGCAGCGGAACCUCACGGACGGCGUCCUCUACUUCGGGGACGAUGACAACACCUACGACCUGGGGCUCUUCUCCGAGAUCCGGCAGACGCAGCGGGUGUCCAUGUUCCCCGUGGGAUUCAUCGCGGACUACGGCGUCAGCGGUCCGGUGGUGCGGAAGGGCAAGGUGGUGGCCUUCCUGGACUCGUGGCUCGCGGGCAGACGCUGGCCCGUGGACAUGGCCGGCUUCGCGGUGAAUCUCGAGUACAUGGCCCAGUUCCCGAACGUGAAUAUGCCGUACAAGCCGGGCUUCGAGGAGGACCGCUUCCUGCGGAGCAUCGGCCUGCGGCUCGACCUGAUCGAGCCGCGUGGCAGCAACUGCUCGCAGAUCCUGGUGUGGCACACGCAAACGAAGAGCAAGAAGGCGGCGGUGGUGCGGCUGGAGAGCGAGUAUCUCGACGGGCGCUCCAAUCUGGGCGCGCUCUUUCGUUCGCUGAAGAUCAUGGGCGUGGCCAGUGCCUCGGACACGGAGGGUCCCAAGGCGCUGAUCAGCAAGAAUGGCAAGGCCUCGGAUCACGCGACGAUCCUGAGCUGAGGAUCGCCUCCCCCCACAGCAUCCCACGUUCACGUUUGAAUAGUACUCAUUAUUCAGAGGCAAACGAUUCACAGAAGAUGAAUGCAGCUCGAAUGAAGGAGAUGCUGCCGGUGCUCCUGCUCCUCCAAGGGUCUCUCUCUUGAGAUCUUCCUCCCCCUCCCCCGAUUGUUAAUUAGUGUUGUAGAUACUCUCUCUGUCUCUUUCUCUCUCUCUCGUCUGUGUGUGUGUGCUCUCUCUCCCUUUCUCAAGUGAUAAUCAAAUAAGAAUGAAAGACAGGCAGGAUCUUCCUCCUCUCUCUCACGUUUCUCUCUUAAGUUAGUCGCAUGCUAGUGCAUGUAUUAGCGCUUUAGUUAGUGGCUUCUCGUAGGUUGUAUCCCCCACGAAAAAGAUCUGCCACACAUAUCAAAGAAGAAGAGUUCGUUCUUCUCUCUGUCAUCCGAUCGAAUCAUACAUUCAUACAUCGUGCGGAGGAGGCCCUGGGGUCUACUCCAAGAGUCGGAUCUAUGUCAUUAAUAAAUACACCUAUAGAAUAUAGAAUAGACAAUGUAUAAGCAUACCCUGUAAGCCCGCUCCCCUCGUGGCUGAGGGGGGAUGGGGCAAACCCCAAACACAAUAAAUGCUACGUUUUUGUAUGGCUUUCUCCAACAAGCAA